CUCCCACCCAAGUAGGCAGUCUUCAUACGGAGUCUAACCACUGAAGGGGGUUGACUAGCCACCCCAACCUCACCUUUAAAUUCCCUCCUCUACCUUCCAAUUUCCUGGCUCUUCUACUCCUCUCCUUUUGCCUUGUUUCAACAAGAAACAAAAAAGAGAGAAAAGUUUGAGGCUUUGAGCUCUUCCCUGUAGUUGCCUUCUCAGAGUAAGAGAAUUGGAAUCAUCAUUCAUUAGUUUCCUUCUUCCAAACAACAUGAUAUUCCUCAGAUGUUUUUGGUUUUUGUUCUUGAGCUGUAUCACAGCCAGAAUCAACCCAUGCUCCAUCCUCCCUUUCACAGCCCCAACUGCAUCUGACUUGGAGUCCUCCCUCGUCCGUUCUUCACUAUUGACACUGAAUCUUGAUGGGCAUUUUUCUUUUGAUGAUGUCCACCAUGCAGCAAGUGACUUUGGCUAUCGAUACCAUUUCCUCCCAAGUGCAAUCCUACACCCAGAGUCAGUUUCAGAUAUUGCAAUUACCAUAAAGCACAUCUUCCAUAUGGGUCCCAGUUCAAAGCUCACGGUUGCAGCUAGAGGCCACGGCCACUCUCUCCAAGGCCAGUCACAAGCCCAUGAAGGAGUUGUCAUCAACAUGGAAUCACUCCAGGGACCAGCAAUGCGAAUCCAUGCCGGUGAGCUCCCUUACGUGGAUGUUUCUGGUGGUGAACUUUGGAUAAAUAUCCUGCAUGAAAGCUUGAAAUAUGGGUUUGCUCCAAAAUCUUGGACAGACUAUCUCCAUCUCACUGUUGGUGGAACUUUGUCCAACGCUGGGAUCAGUGGGCAGGCAUUCCGCCACGGACCGCAGAUCAGUAAUGUCUACCAGCUAGAGAUUGUCACAGGAAAAGGAGAGGUGAUGAACUGUUCAGACAAACAGAAUGCAGAUCUCUUUUACAGUGUCCUUGGAGGACUGGGUCAAUUUGGGAUCAUAACCCGGGCUAGAAUUGCUCUCGAACCAGCUCCCAAAAUGGUGAAAUGGAUUAAAGUUCUAUACUCAAAUUUCUCCAGAUUUGUCAAGGACCAGGAGUAUCUAAUAUCUGCUAAGAAUACCUUCGACUACAUUGAAGGCUUCGUGAUCAUAAACAGGACAGGUUUACUUAAUAACUGGAGAUCAUCCUUCAACCCUCAAGACCCAGUUCAAGCAAGCCGGUUCAGUUCGGAUGAUAGAACUCUGUUCUGCCUAGAAAUGGCCAAAAAUUUCAACCCAGAUGAGACUGACAUCAUGAACCAGGCAGUGGAGAGCCUUUUGUCUCAACUAAAUUAUAUUCCAUCAACACUUUUCCUAACAGAAGUCUCAUACCUGGACUUCCUGGACAGAGUGCACAUAUCUGAGAUAAAGCUUCGAUCGAAAGGCCUAUGGGAAGUUCCACACCCAUGGCUUAACCUUCUAAUUCCAAGAACCAGAAUCCACAAAUUUGCUGAAGAGGUCUUCGGCAACAUUCUUACUGACACUAGCAAUGGUCCCAUCCUCAUCUACCCAGUGAACAAAUCCAAGUGGGAUGGCAGGACUUCUGUAGUAACUCCAGAGGAAGAUAUUUUCUACCUAGUGGCAUUCCUUUCUUCAGCUGUGCCUUCUUCCAAAGGAACCAAUGGCUUGGAACACAUUUUAACCCAGAACAAAAGAAUUCUAGAUUUCUGUGAAACAGCCCACCUUGGAGUGAAGCAAUAUCUGCCUCAUUACAGCACCCAGGAAGAGUGGCGAUCCCACUUUGGCCCUCGUUGGGAAAUCUUUGUACAGCAAAAAUCUGCUUAUGACCCUUUGGCUAUCCUUGCUCCUGGCCAGAAAAUUUUUCAAAAGGCAAUACCAUUCUCAUAACAUUGGCCAUUCAAACAACCAAGGGCCCUUAAAGCAUAUAAUCCAGAACUCCAGGGUACUGUAAAAUCCUAAUGAUUAAAUUAAACACUUUUCUCGAGCCUCCACUACAACUGUCACAGAAAAGGGGAGGCUGCGGGCUGCUUAGAUUUUGUUGAUCAAGUUGGUCAACACUUCAAUUAUGUAAUUAGUAAAUUGAAUUUUAGAAAAGAUUCAAAAAGAUCAACCAUGUAAAGGUUGUUGAUGAGCAA